AUGAAGGCACAUCGUACAGAAAAAGAAAAGCUCAAAACGCCAAGGGAGGAACUCAAGGCGGACCGCAAGCGCCUUGCACAGGAAGAAAAAAAUCAAGCAAGAAAAUCAACUGGCACCGGCUCCAAAUCUUCGAAGAAUGAAGACUGCGGCAAGAAUUUUGACCAUAAGGAUUUCGAAAACAUAUGUAGUUAUCUCAAGACACCUGGACACUACACUGAUCUGUUCGGCGAUGGCCAAAAGACUAGUGUAGGCCAAGCAAAGUUGACAAAAGCAAAGGCCUUUGAUGUAUUUGCUGUGUGGAUGAACAGUCUCAAUCCAGAUCUCCAACUGAGUGGUCGCCGACUUCAACAACGUCUCACUUCUUACAAGCAGAAGUAUAUCAAAUCGAAAAACUUUGAAGAGAAAACCGGCGCCGGGGUGCUUGACGAGCAUGGUCCUCAGACUCUAGCUGAAAUUCUCGAAGACAUGUGCCCAUGUCAUGAUCGUAUUGAUGCAAUCUUCCGAGACAAGCCAAACGUCACUCCGAUGCAUGAAUUUGACCAUUCACUUGCCUCGGCCACAUUGCUGCCUAACGAAGAACUCACCGACGGAGAGUCUAGUGGAAGUUCAUCCUCUCAUGGUCUGAUCGGUGGCUUGAAUUACAAUCCAAUCUUGGAGGAUUUGGAUGUUGAAAUGUUAUCGCCGACUUCUGCAGUAUCAACGACUCAUGCGGUUAUCAACGACUCCUGCGAGUAUCAACAACUCCUGCGGUAUGGACGACUCCCUGCGGUAUCAAACAAUCCAGUGGUUCCUGCAAUCCAAUCUGAUUCGCCUGCGAUACAAUCCGAUCCGAUUCCUGAAAAUGAUCCAAUUUCCGAUUCAGCUACCACCCACCACAAUCAGCCCGCUGUACCAAUUCCAUCGGGGCUCCACUCAAACUUUGGUGGCCCCUACCAAUGCAGCUUUGGAAGUGCUACGUCAAAGGGCUAG